AUGUCUUAUCGUGGCGGCGGCAGCGGUGGCUACGGUGGCUCCCGUGAUUCCUAUGGAGGUGGUGGUGGUGGUUACAGAGGAGGACGUGGUGGCAGCGGUGGUUAUUCCAAUGGCGGCCAUGGCGGUUCCAAUGGCUACAGCAACGGCGGCCACGGUGGAGGUAGCUAUGGCGGCAACGGCGGCGGCGAUCGUAUGGCCGCGCUUGGUGCUGGCUUGAAAACUCAAGACUGGGAUCUUUCCACUCUCCCCAAGUUCGAAAAGUCUUUCUACAAAGAGCACGAAGAUGUCACAAACCGUUCUCAAAAGGAUGUCGAUGCCUUCCGUAAGGAACACCAAAUGGCUGUCACUGGCAGGAAUGUUCCUCGCCCAGUCGAGUCGUUCGAUGAGGCUGGUUUCCCCAACUACGUCUUGUCUGAGGUCAAGGCACAAGGAUUCGCAAAGCCCACUGCUAUCCAGUCUCAAGGAUGGCCCAUGGCUCUCUCCGGUCGCGACGUCGUUGGUAUCGCCGAAACUGGAUCUGGAAAGACUUUGACAUACUGUCUUCCUGCUAUUGUCCACAUCAACGCACAGCCACUCCUUUCACCCGGCGAUGGACCCAUUGUCCUCAUUCUAGCACCCACUCGUGAGUUGGCCGUUCAGAUUCAGACCGAAAUCAGCAAAUUUGGACGCUCAUCUCGCAUUCGCAACACUUGUGUCUACGGUGGUGUCCCCAAGGGCCCUCAAAUUCGUGACCUCAGCCGUGGAGUCGAGGUGUGCAUCGCCACUCCCGGUCGUUUGAUUGACAUGCUUGAAGCUGGCAAGACCAACCUUCGUCGUGUCACUUACCUUGUUUUGGACGAGGCAGAUCGUAUGCUUGAUAUGGGUUUUGAGCCUCAGAUUCGCAAAAUUAUUGGCCAGAUUCGCCCUGACCGACAGACUUGCAUGUGGUCCGCCACUUGGCCCAAGGAAGUCCGCCAACUUGCCAGCGACUUUUUGAACGAUUUCAUUCAAGUCAACAUCGGUUCUAUGGACCUCUCCGCCAACCACCGUAUUACACAGAUCGUCGAGGUUGUUUCGGACUUUGAAAAGCGCGAUAAGAUGAUCAAGCAUCUCGAAAAGAUUAUGGAAGACCGCAAGAACAAGUGUCUUAUCUUCACUGGUACCAAGCGUGUUGCCGAUGACAUUACUCGUUUCUUGCGCCAAGACGGAUGGCCAGCAUUGUCCAUCCACGGUGACAAACAGCAAAACGAACGUGACUGGGUCUUGCAAGAAUUCAAGAACGGAAAAAGCCCUAUUAUGGUUGCUACUGACGUGGCUUCCCGUGGUAUUGAUGUUCGUGAUAUCACUCAUGUGAUCAACUAUGACUACCCCAACAACUCGGAGGACUAUGUUCACCGUAUUGGUCGUACUGGCCGUGCCGGUGCUAAGGGAACGGCCAUUACGUUCUUUACCACUGACAACUCUAAGCAGGCUCGUGAUCUUGUCACCAUCCUUAGCGAGGCCAAGCAGCAAAUCGACCCUCGUCUACACGAAAUGGUUCGCUACAGCGGUGGUGGCGGUGGUGGCCGAGGUUGGGGAGGUGGCCGUGGUCGUGGUGGCUGGCACCGUGGCGGCGGCGGUGGUGGUGGUGGUGGUGGUUACACUGCUUCCAACUCUGCCCCCCUUGGAAACAACCGACGCUGGUAG